CGAAAGCACAAAAGAGGGUUAUCUAGAAUUACAAAUUUACCAAAAAACCCAUCUUCCUUCUCUCAUCUCUGAAAGUAUCGAUCAUCGAAUUGGGGUGGAAAUAUCUUCUCUUCUAACUUUCCUUUGCUUCUGAUCUUAGCCUUCCUCUUCUUCUUCUCGCUGGAAAUUGACGUUCCAUGGCAAGAGUAUCGUUCAAGGAUUCUCUGAAAGCUCUCGAAGCUGAUAUCCAACACGCUAACACUGUAGCUUUGGAUUAUCCUCGGGAGAAGGAUGGAGCUCGUGUUCAGAUGAGGCUAUCUUACAACCCGGCAGCUCAGUUUUUACUCUUUCUCGUCCAAUGGACUGAUUGCCACCUUGCCGGUGCACUCGGUUUGCUCAGAGUUCUCAUUUACAUGACCUAUGCGGAUGGGAAGACAACAAUGUCGGUUUACGAGAGAAAAACCAGUAUUAAAGAUUUCUAUGCUGUGAUAUUUCCCUCGCUGUUGCAAUUAGAAAGAGGUAUCACAGACAUCGAUGACCGCAAACAGAAAGAGGUAUGCAAAGUACGGUACAGAAACAAAGAGGAGAUCGAAAGAGUAAAGCUCUCCGAGAUUGACAUGGAGAGAGACGAAGAGUGCGGUAUAUGUAUGGAGAUGAACAGCAUGGUUGUUCUGCCCAAUUGUACACAUUAUUUAUGCAUCAAGUGUUACCGUGACUGGCAUGGGAGGUCAGAGUCAUGCCCUUUCUGCAGGGACAGUCUGAAGAGAGUAAACUCAGGAGACUUGUGGAUGUUGAUGGAGAGAUCAGAUACGGUCAGCCUCCAUACGGUGGAGAGGGAGAAUAAAAAGAGGCUGUUUGUGUACAUAGAGAAGCUACCUCUAGUGGUUCCAGAUCAAGUGUUUGCUUCUUCUCCUUACGAUUGCCAUGUCAAGUGAAUAAUAAGAAGAGGAAGAAGAGCUUUUAUAUAAAAGCCAAAACCGGUUCUGGUAAACUUUUAUAUGAAUGUAUAUAAUGUUUUAGAGUAGUAGUAAGUAAGUAAUAAUAUAUAUAUAUAGUAACCAUUCUCUUGGGGAAGUCCAUAUCUACUUGCUUUUCUGUUUUUUUUUAAAAUGUGCAUUUGGCUUUUGGUUUCCCAGACUGUGUUAUUGCUGUUGUGUACAUUCAUCAUGACUCUAAACCUUUUCUUUCUGGAAUGGCGCUUUCAAUCA